GCUGCGGUAGCAUAAUUGGUCAGUGCAUUCGCCCGGAUUGCGAAGGGUGCGGGUUCGAGUCCCGUCUGCUGCCUGGUCCGCGUGGAUUUUUUUCUAGUUAUAUUUUCUUUAGAUUUAAACAUCAAGCAGUUACAUGCUUUAAAAUAAUAAAAAUUGUAACUAUAAUUGCUAUUUCUUCUUUCAAAUGUUUAAUACUUGUAAAAGUAUUCAUUUGACAUUGUGGGUUACCUAUAAUGCGAAGAGAUGGCGCUGCCUUGCAGCUUAAAAAUGGCUAGAAGAAUUUCGACGCGGUCCGUGAGGGCUGCGGUAGCAUAAUUGGUCAGUGCAUUCGCCCGGAUUGCGAAGGGUGCGGGUUCGAGUCCCGUCUGCUGCCUGGUCCGCGUGGAUUUUUUUCUAGUUAUAUUUUCUUUAGAUUUAAACAUCAAGCAGUUACAUGCUUUAAAAUAAUAAAAAUUGUAACGAUAAAUUUGUCAAUGUACUUUGCGACAAUAUUGAUCUUAGAUAGUUUUUAAUUAUUUUUAGUUUAGAAUAUGACCGUUCGCUGUGGGCUAACGCGGCUGGAAGUGCGAGGUAAAUCCUCAGUUUGGGAAUACUGAUAUCAAUUUAUCGGAAUGAAUCGCCGCAAUGCCAUCAUUGAUCAUCAUCAGAAGGAGGCGGCUGAGAGGGAGGGGGAGGAUGAUCCCCUGGCCGCUCCCUCCCGCCAAAGGAGGACGGGUAGGAGAGGACGGCGGCGCGCCCUGGCUGCGCCCGUCCCAAGACCCUACCCGGGGGGUCCCUCGCUGACCGGCAUGGCGUCAGCUGUGCCGGACACCGACGGACCCCGUGACGGCAGCCCCCUUGUACUUCUGUCCUGCAAAGAGGGGGGCGGCGGAGGGAGCUACACGGGCACGCCCAAGCAGCCCUCCGCAGCGGACGGGGGGCCGUACGGUGGGCACUAGGCCGCGUAGUCAUCGCCCAUGCGCGGGCCAUCCUGCGCACGUCUGCAGGGUCCCCGCGAUACCCCGGGAGACCCCUGCCGUGGAGGGGGCUCCUAGCCGGGGGGCUAGUCCGGGAGGCUGCUAGGUGCGAAGACGCGGAAGAAUCCCUAAACGGGGAUCCCGCGGCCUCGGGCUAAGCAGCGUAGAGGGUAUUCGCAGGGUUUUUUAGCGUAUUUUAUGCCGUAAAGCGCCCGUAAGAGUUACGGGGUCCUCAGUGGAUAGCCACUGCUGGGGCUUGUAAGGCUUGCGGGAGCCAGGUGCGAGGUCCGUUCGGCGGUGUGCCUCUUAAAGGCGCCGUCGUCGGUAAGCAUGCCACGGCAACAUGGCAAGUAUUUUUUGCCUGCGUAUAAAAAAAACAGGUCAAACGCGCUAACCACUUGUGGCAUCGAGCUCCUCAACAAAAUUAAGUACAUACUCACUGACAACUAAGUAGAUACGCGGUAAUGUAAGAACUCAUUAUCGUAACGACGUCGGUUUCGUCGUAUAAUAACACACGUGAACAUACAAAUGCCUGGUCGAUAAGUAUAAUAAAUGUUUGCCAGUGUCUACUAUACAGUUGGAAUGUAGAUAUUCAUUCUAUACAGUGGUGUGGCGCGUGAAAAUGUCCAAUAAUUGCGUAGAGUUUACUGUUAACGGGAAAAAAUGCAGGGUGUACGAGCAGCCAUAUCGGGGCAUGACGCUGAAUGCUUACAUUCGGUACCAGUUGGCUCUGCCUGGUACAAAGGCGAUGUGUCGUGAGGGUGGCUGUGGAGCAUGCAUAGUGGCGGUGCGCGCGCGUCGCGAGCCCAGCGGCAGAGUUGAGCUGUUCUCUGUGAAUUCUUGCUUGGUGCUGGUGUUUUCGUGUCACGGCUGGGACAUAACUACGAUAGAGGGUCUCGGCGACCGAAAGAACGGAUACAGCGAAAUCCAGAAGAGAAUAGUGGGCUUCAAUGCCACACAAUGUGGAUACUGCACACCUGGCUGGGCCAUGAAUUUGUACAGCGUACAAGACAAACAGCUCAGCAUGAUGGAGAUGGAGAGAGCGUUCGCAGGUAACACAUGCCGGUGUACGGGGUUCAGACCUAUCAUGGACACCGUGAAAUCAUUCGCCGUAGACGCGAGCCCCGACCUCUGCCAGAAGGUCAGGGACAUAGAAGAACUCAACAUAUGCCAGAAGUCAAACUCUCCUUGCGAACGAAAAUGCUCAGUCAAUAGCACGGACAGUGAUUGGAGCCUUUUAUACGAGGACUCACCGGAACGCUAUUCAGAAGAAGAAACUAUUUCAUUGGCUAUUGAUAAGAACACAAAAUACUAUAAGGUUUACACUGAAGAAGAAAUCUUUAGGAUACUGCAGCUGAACGGUGUCGACUCUUACAUGCUCAUUGACGGAAAUACAGGGAAAGGAUUAUAUGAAGACUUUGAUUAUCCCCGCAUACUAAUAGACGUUAGCGGUGUCAAGUCCUUAAAGAAUUACAAAUUCGACCAGAACCUAAUCCUCGGCGCCAAUAUUUCUUUGCAAGACAGCAUCAAACUCUUCAAAGAAACUGCUCAAACGAGAUAUGAAUUUAGCUACUUGGCAGAAUUUGCUAAACACUUCGAUCUUAUAGCAAAUUUACCCGUGAGAAAUAUUGGUUCUAUAGCCGGUAAUCUGAUGCUGCGUCAAGCCAUGCCAGACUACCAGUCUGAUAUUUUCAUACUCUUCGAAACAGUCGGUGCUAUCGUCACAGUUCGUGAUAAUCAGGGUUUUAAGAAAAAGUUGACAAUGAGGGAGUUUCUAAAGUACGACAUGCGGGGUCGGCUCAUGCUGUCAGUGGCGCUCCCACCUCUCAACUCUUCUGAGUGGAUUUUUAAAAGUUAUAAAAUAAUGCCUCGCCAUCAAAACGCAUUGGCUAUUGUGAACUGUUGUUUCAUGUUAAAAGUUGAUCGUAAGUGUAACAUCAUUAACGAUGCCAAGAUUGUAUACGCAAACAUCUCGCCUGACUUCAUACACGCUUCGAAGACAGAAGCCUUCUUAAAAGGGAAGAAUUAUUUAAAAGACGAGACUGUCCAAGGUGCUAUCGCUUUAUUAAAAAACGAAAUAAUUCCGAAGAAAAGACCUCCGGAGCAAUCUCCUGAAUGCAGGAAGAAAUUGGCGAUUGGACUAUUCUAUAAGUUUAUGCUAAACUUAGCAUCAUCUAAUGCCGCCCCUCGCAAUAGAUCAGGAGGUGAAUUGAUAAAGCGACCCGUCUCCAAAGGCCAUCAGGACUAUCAGACAGACAAGUCCUUGUUUCCGCUCAAUCAGCCGGUCCAUAAGCUGGAAGCCAUGAUACAAAGCGCUGGAGAGGCACAGUUCGCUAAUGAUGUACCCCCCAUGCCACACGAAGUGUUCGGAGCUUUUGCACUUUCAACUGUAGCUAGUGGGAAAGUGAACAGUGUGAAUACCGAGAAAGCUCUGAAAAUAGAUGGCGUAGUAGCUGUUUACACGGCCAAGGAUAUUCCAGGCAAAAAUUCGUUCACGCGGCCUGGUUUUCAGCUGCAAAUCGAAGAUGAAGAAAUACUCGCAACCGAAAUCAAAUUUCAUGGUCAACCUGUGGCGAUAGUUGUUGCCACAAGCGAAGAGUUGGCAGCCAAAGUUGCCAAACAACUUGAGAUCACUUAUAGAGAUGUCAGCGCUGCAGCUCCCGUACUUACCAUAGAUGAAGCUAAGAAAGAUAGCAAAAGAUACGCUCCUUCCGACAGUGGUAUAGAACCUAAAAGCAAAGGAACUAAUAUAAAGAAAGUAAUCAAAGGAAUUUAUGAGAUAGAAGCGCAAUACCAUUACUAUAUGGAGCCAAUUAGCUCGGUGGUCAUUCCUGUUGAUGGGUUUUUGGAAGUGUAUGACUCAUCGCAGUGGAUGGAUUUGACGCAAAUUGCCAUAGCUCAAUGUCUGGGCAUAAAAGAAAGCGAUGUCGUGGUAAAAGUUCGCCGCCUGGGCGGUGGAUUCGGCGGUAAGAUCAGUAGGAACGUGCAGGCUGUGGCUGCGUGUGCGAUCGUUGCCAAGAAGACCAACACGCCUUGUCGGUUUGUGUUGCCACUGCAGACCAAUCUCACCAUCGCCGGCCGCCGGCUUCCCUGCCAGUGUGAUUAUGAGGUCGGCGUUGACGAUGAUGGUAAAAUCCAAUACCUCAAUGCCAUCAUGGUCGAAGACGAUGGGAGCUCCCACAACGAGAACAUCCUAAGUUACGCUGCAGGGGGAUUCCCCAACUGCUAUGACACGAGUACAUACAGUCUGAAGACGGCAUCUGUGCUCACUGAUCUGCCGUCCAAUUCCUUCUGUAGAGCCCCAGGUACUGCUGAAGGUAUUGCAUGUAUAGAACAAAUUAUGGAGCACAUAGCGUUUGCUGUCAAGAAGGAUCCAACCGAGGUCCGCAAACUGAACAUGAGAACUGAAGACAAUGACAUACCAUAUCUCAUUGAUGAGCUCAAAAAGGAAGCCGACUAUGACAAACGAGCGAAUGACAUCGCUCAAUUUAACAAAGCCAACAGAUGGAUGAAAAAGGCCAUCAGUGUCAACGUGAUGAGUUUUCCCGUGAUUUUCUAUGGAAACUAUAGUGGUAUGGUCAGCAUUUACAGAGGAGAUGGCACAGUAACAGUGACUACGGGUGGCAUAGAAAUGGGACAAGGUUGUAACACCAAAGUUGCCCAAGUGUGUGCUUACGAAUUGGGAAUACCGCUCCAAAAUGUGAGUGUGUUACCCCACCAUUCGUUUACUGCUGCCAAUAACGUAUUUUCCGGAUCCAGCAUAACAAGUGAAAGUGCGUGCUAUGCUGUAAUCAAAGCAUGUCAGAUUCUUAAUAAAAGAUUGGAGCCGAUAAGGGCAAAGAUGACGGAUCCUAAGUGGGAGGACCUAAUUAAGAAAGCGAGCGACGAAGAAAUUGAUCUAACUGCGAUUUACAUGAUGACAGACAAGGAGGCAGAUCUUUCCGGAUAUAAUGCUUACGCUGUCGCUAUUUUGGAAGUCCAGCUGGAUGUAUUGACUGGGCAAUUCGAGUUGCUCAGAUCGGACAUAUUGGAAGAUGUGGGUUUGAGCGCUAAUCCCAGUUUGGAUGUUGGUCAGGUGGAAGGCGGUUACGUUCAAGGGCUGGGAUACUUUAUGUGUGAGAAGUUUGUGUACGACAAAAAGACAGGAAAAUUGCUCACCAAUCGCUCUAUCAAUUACCAUGUUCCGUUAGCGCUCGAUAUCCCAGCAGAGUUAAAUAUAAAACUCCGGUAUAAUUCCAAGAACCCUAAAGGUGUUUUGGGAGCUAAGGCGGUUGGUGAGAUGGGAAUAUGCAUAGCAAACGGUGUCAACCAUGCCCUUGCACACUGCAUAUACGAAUCAAGAAAGGACUCCGGCUACAGUAUGGACAAAUGGAUUAAUAUACACCAAUUAGGCGAUUGAAAGAAGCAUGGAUUCGUCAAAAUCGAUUGAUAGAGUCUUCAUCAAUAAACGCUACUACUAAAACUAUCGAUCGAUGGUUAGAUAAAAUUCUUAUAUUUUAGCAAACUAGUCUCUGAGUUCAAUUAUCGCUCGCUCGGAUGAAAAAUAAGCGGCUCUGUUCUCUUAACGUUGGAUUUAAAAUAGUGUACCGAAAGAAAUUUUUCCACCAUGACACUGGUGUGAAUGACUAGUGUAAAGGUCGAUCAGCCACGAAGUUUACGAGCACCUACGUUGUAAAUCAAAGUAAAAGCCACUUCAGAAAACUAGAUUUGAUAAAUAUCGAUUGGGUAAUAACAAGUUUAUUCGAUCCCAAGACACUUCUGAUACUACCUACCUAUGUUUUGCUUAAAAAGUCCAGAAGAACACAGUAAGAUAACACUACUUUUUACUAGUUUCAUAUUGGUGAGUAAAGGUUCAGAGCUCCACGAGGCAAGGGAUAAGGUUCAGGUUGGUAAAGUGACGAUAGAUGUAGCGGUACACUUUUCUUACACAUCAGAACAACGUAACCGGAUUCCACUUAGGUUAACAUAAACUGUAAAAGUAGCGUUACUUAACUUCUCUUCGUCUUCAAAAAACAAAAAAGUUAAUAAUUUAAGUUAUUGUCUUUUCAUUUCAGCUGUACCAUACGACACCGAAGCAAUAUUGAACGCCUUAGAAGUUAAGUUAGAUGAAAUGAAAAUUACCAAAUAGUUUAAAUAUCACUUAGGGAGGUGCCACACGGGCGUUGCGACUCCGCUAUGCUGUCGCAACGCAACGACUUCAACGUAGUGAACGCCACACGAGCACUGCGUCGGUGCUGUUCUUUUACUAAUGAGAUUAGAUAAAUCAAAAUCUUCCGCACUCAUUUUAUGGCAAGAACUGUCACCUGGUGUGUUAUUAAGAGCGGAGGAGAGCUGAGAGAUAUUCGAGAAAUAGGUAUUUGAAAAAAAAUAUUGCUGUCACGCAUUGGCAAGUACCGUGUGAUAGGGACAACAGAAGUUAAAGCUGAAAAUUGCGUAUAUAAAUUGCCAAAUUUGCAAUUUUUAUUCGCAAUUUCCAGGGUAUUUUCAGGUUUGGCUCUCGACGAUUUCCUCCUCGAAAAUUAGAUAUAUGUAAAAACAUUUUACACACAGAAUAAUCAGUAGUUACACUAUGCGUUUACGUUUUGAUUUUUUUUGUAAAUGCUUAAAUCUCCACACCGUCUUGUGUGUAAUAAAAAUUUGUUUAUUUUUGGCCUUUUUCGAAGGCUUCUAGUUUCUUUGAAACACAAGUUAUCGAAAAAAAGAAGACAUAGGAGCAUAGAAUGGGUGAAAUUAUAUUUUUUGUAUGAAAAUCAAUAAAAUUCUUUUGUGAUAAAAAACAAGGAGGAAUCAGUCGAGAAGGUUUGUAUGGAAAAUACAUUGCGCUCAUGCCUUCUUAAAUACUCCUUUGUUUCACCUACCCCAGCUCGUCCUCCUCCUCUCCUUAUGCGUUGCGUCGCUGUGCAUCAUUUCAACGCAUCGUGUGCCAUGUCGUUCAGAUAUUAUAUGCAGAACGACGGAGUCACCGCUCGCUCAGUCGACGCGGCGACUACGCCUGUGUGGCACCUCCCAUAAUGAAACUGUAUGUUUAAGAUAUGAGUUGCGAUAUUUUUACUGUUAAAUCAUGACUUUAAUAAAUUAAUUUUACAUAUGAUUAA